AUGCCUUCAAACUACGAAAAACUAUCCCGCCCUAGCGGCGAUACAACUUUGGCUGUUCCCGAAAAGGCUGCUUCCACAACUCUCACAGUCAACGAAACUCCUCGCAUCAGUACAACAUCCACGCCUCAAACAGACAAACUCAACCCCUUCGACACCGAUAUCGAGGCUAUGGUCACAAACACCCGAACAGAGUCAAACAUGCACAAAUCAUCGUGCAGUCCUCUUGCCAGCAAGACAGACUGCCAAGUUUGGCCAGGAAAGGAUCACUGGAAGAAGCAGGCCAAGGCUGCAAAGGCAAAGAACCGCUGCACCUGUAUGGCCCACCUCAGCCAGCGCAAUCGCUGGAUUGUCAAGGGACUCAUCAUCCUUCUCGUCGUCGGAAUUGCAGUUGGUGUUGGUUUCGGUGUCAGCAAGCCACUCAACGCGCCCAUAUGGGGCGACGAUAAAGAUGAUAAAACCACAAACUUUACAGAUUUCUUCUUCACCACCGCCAAAAUGAGUAACCGUAUUUAUCUCCCCAUCUCACCCUUCUCAUGGCCCAUCGUCCGUCGCGAUGGACCCCCGGAACAAUCCAAGACUGACAAGGCUGUGACCAUCACCAUCGUCUGUGGUAUCUCUGCGCUUGUCCUAGCUCCGCUUGUGUGGUACGUUGCUGCGAGAAUCGUCACAGUUCGUAGAGAAAGGGCUGCCAAAGAGGCCUCUGCAGAUGUCGAGCAGGGGCAGGAUGUUAAUCAGAUUUGA